CUGAAGGUAUCUUGAAACUGUCUAGGAGAAGCUGACCUUUGGAGCUUUGCUGAGCCGUAUUCCUGAAUAGAUAGUGGAAGACUGUGUCUGGAUUUUAAUCUUUUGCUGAUUAAGGUAAUUAAAGAGCAUGAACGCCCGACUUAAAGCCAAGAUAUUAAAUCGACGGAGCUUUGUGGAAAGGAAGAAAGCUGUUUGCGAUGAGACAAGAUUUCUUAUAAUCUCUGGAAACAGUCCCGAGGCCGCUGAACAGAAACAACUAUUUGAUCCAAGUUGCUUGAGCUCGAUGGUUCUAGAUCUUCAGUCUGUGAAAGGCUCAAGCUCAAUUGUACAGAAUCAGUGUUUUGCAACAACUCGAGCGCCGACUGAAGUGAAGUGUAAACCAGGAUCUCGUGACACAUGCGGCAGUUAUCCGCAUGUCCUUACAGCUGUUAGUGGCGAAGUAAAGUGUUGGCUUCCAAGCCCGUUACUGAUGAAGCGUCGAAACGCGAUUUGCGAUGAGAUCGAAAAAAGAACAAUAGCUAUGUCAGGUAGAACUUUAAGGCAAAAGAGAGUUGAUAUGCUUCGCUCCAUUGCGCUGACACAAUUCUCUUUGUUAUGAAUAUUUUUCUACUAAUUCAAUGUCAAAGAUUCAUCAAUUUCAUCAAAAAGUGUUAAGAUCGAUUUUGCGUAUACGCUCUCUAUUCAACUCCCUCCAAAAAAUUAAGACAAUCCUAGUUCAUAAUCCCUUAACUAUACGGAUUUCAGUUUACAAGGUAGACGUGUAGGGCGGUUACUUUACAUAAGGAUUCUUAAGGCCCCUGUCUUCUAGAAAAUACGUUUUUAAUUCAAACAAUGUAUCUCAGCAAAAUUUGUUCCGACCUGUAAUAAUAUGUAAUUGACUAAUACAAGUUACAUUAUCAUUGUUUAUAAUAUCCAGUGUUGUUACCAAACGGGAUGAAUCAAAGCUCUUCAGUGGAAGUCGGGUGAUUUUUCAAACAGCAUUCUCUAAAUUUCGUGUCAUAACUCGAUGAAUUCCCUAGGAGUUGAAAAAUGCUGGAAAAAUCGAUCUGUAUUUUGUUUGGGUGUAAAUGAUCAUCUUUGACCUCUUUGGCGUCAAUCACAAUGCCGUGGGCAGUUUAACUGAUACAGUAAUGGUGACUCAUUGACCAAAACCGAAAAUAUGUGAAUUUUGAUAAAAGAACCGAAUACUGGUAUUGAAAAGUAAUUUGAUUUGCCGUGUGAUAGAGAAAGUAUUCCUCAAAGGCGAUUAAACUUCCAGCCUGGUGUGGCUGUACAAUAGAGUGUUAUUAGGUUUGCAAUACGUACAUAUUCAAGCACAACUAUUCUCAAAGCCCUUUAGAGUUGAUGCAAUCAAUGCUACGCGAUGAAUUCACACUUAUGUAGCAGAUUAAAAGCGGUUUGGAUUUACGGGGGCAACCCAGCGUCUAAUAAAAAUUUAUAAUUAUACGUGAUUAGAAUGAAUACAUAGAUAAAUACUACGAAAUCACUACUUUCGGAGAGUAAUACAUAUUAAAUGUCUCAGG